GGUAUCUCACUCUGGCUCGUCCCCGACAAAAGCACCUCCAAGAAGAUCGCCACCGCGAUGGCCUUCCGACCCCUCACCGCGCCGCAAUCGCCCUCGUCCUUCCCCACCUUCCAGCCGCACGUCACGCUCGCGACCUCCUCCGAGUCCGCCCUCCGCGCCGCCAUGUCUCCCAUGCCACCCACGAUCCCGAUCACCUUCCGCUCGCUCGAGGUCGGCGCGAAGUACUUCAUGUCCGUCUACCUCGCCGUGCACGCCGCGCCCGCCUCUCCGCUCGCCGCGCUCCGCGCGCACCUCCGCGCGGCGCUGCCCGACGGCGCCCGCGCGGUGCCGCCGGUGCCGCACGUGUCGCUGUACUACAUCGACGACGCGGACGCGGGGCUGCGCGCGGUGACGGCGCGGAUGCUCCGGACCGAGUUCCGCGUGCUCGAGAGCGGGACUCCGGGGUCGGAGGACAGCAAGGUCACGCUCGCGUGCUACUUCGACGAGCGGGGCGAGGGGCAGGACCCCGAGUUGGUUGAGGGGUUUCGAGGGGAGGAGAUAUGGCUGGUGAACUGCGACGGGCCCGUGGAAGGCUGGGAGGUGUUGGAGAAGUACCCUCUGGUGGGCUGA